AUGUCGCGAGGCAGCUUUGUCUUCACACCCAUGGCCUUACGCUCUCUUCAACUUGAUGAAGACAUGCUGGAGAGAUACAAGUACAAGAGGCAGCUUGCCUCCCAUCAGCUCAAUAACUACCUGCUGAAAAAGGAGGCCAGGGACAGAGCACCGCUGAGGACCAGCACGGCCCUGCCUGCAGCUGUCUGCCAGGAUGCGGUCGUCCAAAAUGCUCUGUAUACCGGAGACCUGGAGGCUAUGCAGCACCUCUUUCCUCGAGGAUCCACAGCAAACCUCAUCAUCGAGCCACAAGGAGGGGAAAUGCGCUGGGUCGCCACAGGAGAAGGACUUUGGUCUCUGAGUUAUGAGCAGGAACUGACCACACCACUUCACAUCACCGCUGGCCGAGGCUUCGCAGACUGUCUGAGACUCCUGCUGCAGCGGGGGGCCAAUGUAGACCUGGCACCUGGAGGCACCACAGCCCUGCACGAGUCCUGUGAAAACAGCCAACCAGAAUGUACCAAACUGCUUCUGAUUCACGGCGCCAACGCCAAUGCUGUCUCUGAAGAUGGUCUAAUGCCUCUGCAUGUUUGCUCGAGCCCUGAGUCUUUUGAAUGUGCCAAGUAUCUCCUUCAGUAUGGUGCAGCUAUUAAUGGUCGCACUCUAGAUGAAAAUGACACACCCUUACACGUGGCAGCCAGGAAUGGCCUUCCUGACCACGUCGAUCUCUACCUGCGCUAUGGAGCCGCUGUGAACAAAGAGAAUGACGAGGGUCUCACCCCACUGAACGCAGCUUGUUCACAACCCCAGGAGCUGCAGGAGCUCCAACAUUACUUUACAGUGUGCCAGAUGCUGCUGGGGGCCGGGGCCAACGUCCACACCAUGGACCAGGACAAACGCAAUCCUUUACACAUGGCCUGUAAAAACGUCAACCCAGACAUAGUGGAUCUUCUCCUGGCUAGCGGUGCCUGUGUUAACGACAUGGACUACGGUGGUGAAGCUCCCAUGCACAACAUCCUAAAGGUGGUCUGCUACAAGUUUUCCCAUCAGCCUGAGAGGAUUGUGCGUGCUUUGCUUAACCAUGGUUCUAUACGAGUGUGGCCUGGAGCUCUGCCCAUGGUUUUAAAGCACUGCUGUGUGUCUCCACGCACCAUCGAGGUUCUUCUCAACGCUUACAGUUUCCUUAAAGUCACGGACACGUGGGUGGAGUCUGUGUCACCGGAGGUGUUUAAGGAGCACAAAGACUUCUACGAGUCUGUCUUCUCUCUGGCAAUGACUCCUCGCUCCCUGCAGCACUUGGCUCGCUGCAAACUCAGAAAUGUCCUGGAUGGCCGAGUACACCAGGUGGUCCCUAAACUGGAUCUGCCAGCCUUUAUCAAGAAUUACCUGCUGCUGGAGUACAGAGGUUUUAUCCAUUGAGAGCACUGUGCUGAGCUUUUAGUUAGUGAAAUGGAGAAUGAGUGCUGCAAUUUGUGAGAAAGAAGUAGCUGUUCACAUUUUAAAUAGUGAUUUUUUUUUUUUUUUAAACUAGGGACAUCAACCGCUAGCACUGAACACUUGAGACACUUUUUGAUUGAGGGAUUUUUCAUCAUUCGGCUCAGUUACAUGUUUGAUGUUUCACCACAAGAGGGCGCUGUAGGCUUGAGUGGAUAAACUCUAUAGCGUAUGUGCAAUUGUCUUUUAUAUUUUGUUUAUUUUAAG